AUGUCACAGGAGGAGGACGGCUCCACCUGCCUGCACCACGCGGCCAAAAACGGGAACCUGGAGAUGGUGGAGCUGCUGCUGAGCACGGGGCAGGUGGAUGUCAAUGCACAGGACAACGGGGGCUGGACCCCGAUCAUCUGGGUGGCUGAGCACAAACACAUCGAGGUCAUUCGGCGGCUGCUGACGCGCGGGGCCGACAUCACCCUGACCGACAACGAGGAGAACAUCUGCCUGCACUGGGCGUCGUUCACGGGCAGCGCCGAGAUCGCCGAGGUUCUGCUGAACGCGCAGUGCGACCUGCACGCCGUGAACUUCCACGGAACCCCCCUGCACAUUGCAGCCAGGGAGAGCUACCACGACUGUGUCAGCCUGUUCCUGUCCCGUGGUGCUGACCCCGAGCUGCGGAACAAGGAGGGCGACUCCCCCCUGGACCUGACCCCCGAGCGCUCCGAGGUUUGGGUCGCGCUGCAGCUCAACAGGAAACUGAGGCUGGGGGCGGCGGGCAGGGCGCUGCACACCGAGCACAUCAUCAGCAGGGACGUGGCCCGUGACCACGAGAACAUGCCCAUCCCGUGUGUGAACAGCGUGGACGAGGAGCCGUGUCCGCAGGAUUACAAAUACAUCGCCGAGAACUGCGAGACCUCCACCAUGAACAUCGACCACAACAUCACCCACCUGCAGCACUGCACCUGCCUGGACGAUUGCUCCUCCUCCAACUGCCUGUGCGGGCAGCUGAGCAUCCGCUGCUGGUACGACAAAGACGGGCGGCUGCUGCAGGAGUUCAAUAAAAUCAAGCCCCCCCUGAUCUUUGAGUGCAACCAGGCCUGCACCUGCUGGAGGAGCUGCAAGAACCGCGUGGUGCAGAGCGGCAUCAAGGUCCGGCUCCAGCUGUACUGCACGGCCAAGAUGGGCUGGGGGGUGCGGGCGCUGCAGGCCAUCCCCCCCGGGACCUUCAUCUGCGAGUAUGUGGGGGAGCUAAUCUCGGAUGCCGAGGCCGAUGUCAGGGAGGAUGACUCCUACCUGUUCGACCUGGGCAAAAAGGACAGCGAGGUUUACUGCAUCGACGCCCGUUACUAUGGCAACGUCAGCCGCUUCAUCAACCACCUGUGCGACCCCAACAUCAUCCCUGUGCGGGUGUUCAUGCUACACCAGGACCUGCGCUUCCCCCGCAUCGCCUUCUUCAGCAGCCGCCACAUCCGGCCUGGGGAGGAGCUGGGGUCAGGAUUUGGGGCAGAGCAGCAGGUGGAUGGGGGCAAUGCCUCUGGCUGCCAGGCUCUGUGGUCUCCAUCAGAACUGAUCAGGAGGACACUUGCUGGGCCGCUGAACCUCAACUGA